CUUAAGAGGAAGUAAGGAUUAAGGAUUCAUUCUUUUUCCAUUUCAUGGUUUCAUCUGUUACUGUUUAUUUUCAUUUCUCUGUGAUUUUUCACCUUAAAACAGGAACAGUGAUACCUGUCAUCAUCCUUUGUUCUUCGAAAAGAAGGAAUUAGAAAAGGAGAAAUCAGUAUCUUAGCAGUAUUUUAUCGAGAAUCUCGCUUUUCCUGGUGAAUGCAGAGACUGUAAUGUUAAUGGUUUUAGCUUUGAUUGAGCUUGGAGCAAACUGAACUCUUCUCCUUCCGUUGUCUUCUUUGAAUCCGGUAUUCUCUGCCUCCUGACAAGGUCCAUCGGUAGUUUCAGCAGUAGAACUACAUCGACGAUAGCCAUCUCUUGUUUCAGGGAAAUACGUGUCUUUUUUCUUUGAAAUUUUAGAUGGCUACACUUGGAGACAUAGGAGUUGCAGCAGCUAUCAAUAUUCUCAGUGCAUUUGUUUUCUUCUUGGCAUUUGCUAUCUUACGAAUCCAACCUAUCAAUGACAGGGUGUACUUUUCGAAAUGGUAUCUCAUGGGUUUGAGGAGCAGUCCUUCAGACUCUGGGGCAAUUGUAAACAAAUUUGUCAAUUUGGACUUUAGAUCAUACUUGAAGUUUCUAAAAUGGAUGCCAGCUGCACUGCGAAUGCCAGAACUUGAGCUCAUUGACCAUGCUGGAUUGGACUCUGCUGUUUACCUGAGGAUUUACUUGCUUGGGCUUAAAAUCUUUGUUCCUAUUGCAUUCCUUGCUUUCGCAAUCUUGGUUCCAAUUAAUUGGACCAAUGGCACCCUUCAGCAUUCAAAUAUGGUCUUUAGUAGCAUAGACGAGCUCUCUAUUUCAAAUAUUCCAGCAGGAUCAGAAAGGUUUUGGGCCCAUUUAGUAAUGGCUUAUGUCUUUACUUUCUGGACAUGCUAUAUGUUACAAAAGGAGUAUGCAACAGUGGAAUCAAUGCGAUUGCUCUUUCUUGCAUCAGAGGAACGUGCUCCAGACCAGUUUACAGUCCUUGUAAGAAAUGUGCCUCCAGACCCUGAUGAAUCAGUUAGUGAGUUUGUGGAGCACUUUUUUCUUGUAAACCAUCCAGAUCACUAUCUCACCCAUCAGGUUGUGUACGAUGCAAACAAACUUUCCAAUUUGGUUGAAGAGAAGAAGAAGAUGCAGAACUGGUUAGAUUACUUUCAUCUCAAAUAUUCUAGAAAUAUAUCUAAGAAGCCAUCCAUGAAGACUGGUUUUCUUGGUCUUUGGGGAGAAGAAGUGGAUGCAAUCGAUUUUUACACGUCCAAGAUUGAUCAACUAUCAAAAGAUAUAGAGGCAGAGCGAGGAAAGAUUAGAAACGACCCAAAGUCAAUUAUGCCUGUAGCAUUUGUUUCCUUCAAAACUCGCUGGGGUGCUGCUGUCUGUGCUCAAACUCAACAAUCCAGAAACCCGACUAUAUGGUUGACUGAGUGGGCUCCAGAACCCCAUGAUGUUUAUUGGCGCAAUUUGGCCAUCCCGUUUGUUUCACUCACAGUUAGGAGGCUGAUUAUUUCUGUUGCAUUCUUCUUCCUUGCCUUCUUUUUUAUGAUCCCAAUACUCUUUGUUCAGUCCAUUGCAAAUAUCGAAGGAAUCGAGAAAGCAGCUCCGUUCUUGACACCCAUGCUUGAACAGACGAGAUUCAGUUUCAUUAAGUCGUUCAUCCAAGGUUUUCUACCUGGGAUCGCUUUAAAGGUUUUCCUCAUUUUUCUGCCAACAAUAUUGAUGAUGAUGUCAAAAUUUGAAGGUUUUAUAUCCCUAUCAGCUUUGGAGAGGAGAUCUGCUACUUUGUAUUAUCUUUUCAUAUUUGUUAAUUUAUUUCUUGGGAGCAUAAUCACAGGAACUGCACUUCAACAAUUAGAUAUUUUUAUCCACCAGUCAGCAAAUGAAAUUCCUAUAACAAUUGGUGUAUCAAUUCCAAUGAAAGCAACUUUCUUCAUUACCUACAUUAUGGUUGAUGGUUGGGCUGGAAUUGCGACAGAAAUUCUGAGGUUAAAACCAUUGAUAAUCUUUCAAUUGAAGAAUUUCUUCUUGGUGAAGACUGAAAAGGAUCGAGAAGAGGCAAUGGAUCCAGGAAGUCUUGGUUUUAAUACAGGCGAACCUCAAAUACAAUUCUACUUCUUACUUGGCCUCGUCUAUGCUGUGGUCACACCCAUUCUUCUUCCUUUCAUAAUAGUAUUCUUUGGCCUGGCAUAUGUCGUCUUCCGUCAUCAGAUCAUUAACGUCUACAAUCAAAAAUAUGAGAGCGCUGCAGCAUUCUGGCCUGAUGUCCAUGGACGUAUUAUUGCUGCGUUGAUCGUCUCACAGCUGCUUCUGAUGGGAUUGUUGAGUACAAAGCAAGCGGCUCAAUCAACACCCUUUCUCAUUGCACUUCCAGUUCUAACAAUAUGGUUCCAUAUAUUCUGCAAAGGUCGUUAUGCACCUGCAUUUACAGCAUACCCAUUACAGGAGGCAAUGAUGAAAGAUACACUGGAACGUGCAAGGGAUCCAAGUCUGAAUUUGAAAGAGUACCUCCGAAAUGCAUAUAUUCAUCCAAUUUUCAAGGGCGACAAUGAUGGGAUUGAUACAGUUGCCAAAGAUUGGAAAGAGGAGAGUGUGCUGGUCCCCACAAAACGCCACUCCCAAAGGAACACACCAGUACCAAGCAAAUACAGUGGUUCAUCAUCAGCCUCACUACAUGAGGUUGUUAAGUUUCAGUAGUUGGUGGAGAAUGGGGAUUGUAAAUCAUACACAAGGAGGGGAUUACUGUUUACAUAGUAUAGAGAAGAGUAGACAGGUGCAACUGCAUUUUGGUUUUAACAGCUUGACCAACCCAAUACACAAUUGUCAAUCAAUAGUUCUCCAUUUUACUAAGGAUGGUCAUCAGGUAGUGUGGAACUUGGAGAAUUUGUGUUUGUAGUCUUUUUAUUAGUUUUCUUGUAUAAACCUUUUUGGAUCCUCUUGUAUGA